AUGUCUUCCACAUUCCUCUCCAGAUUCUCUCGCUCAGCGCCAAUUGUGACUCGCUCGUUGUACGAACGUGGCCAGGUUGUAGCUCCAGUUUUGACUCGCACAUACGCUACGAAGGAUGGGUCGUCUCCAGGUCAGACCUCCAACGUAUCAAACCCACAAGCCAGCAGCGCUGAGAGCCAGAGCAUCAAUAAAAGCGCCUCAGUCGGCCGCACGGACAAGAAUGACGCCGACCACGUAUCGACAGCAAACCCUGUGAGCAAGCCAGAGGAAGGGCGGUUGGGUGCAACGGAAGAAACGACAGAAAGCCAGGAUAAAAUGAAGCAUGAUCCCAAGGAAUCGGAUAAAGAGAAGAGAGAGAAAACGUUGGAGUAUGGCCAGAAUAAGCCCUUGGAUGCUGCAGACAAGUAA